GAUAAUAAUGGAAUAGUAUCAACUUCCUUUUCCAAUCCUACUCCUGUCCUGGACAUGACGACCGAAAAAAGCCAAGAUCAAACAACUGCACAAGGCUGCGAAGGUGUUUCUUAUCUAAAUAAAUGCUUCAAAACUCCACAGGAUUUACACAUUACCGAUAACGUUAUUUUAAGUCAGGCUCAAACAAUGUGUAACAAUAUUGGAUGGAAACUUGCCAAUAUAUAUUCAACAGAUCACUACGAGGCUGUAGCAGAUUAUCUUCGCAAUAAAUAUCCCAAAAUUAACCAGCCUUCGGUGUGGCUUGGCAUGACCAUGGGACAGGAUUUACAACUUUAUCAAUCUAAUGGAACAGUUGGCCCUACGUUAAAAUGGUUACCUGGUUUCCCAGGAAGCUCGGGGGGAAAGAUUAUUUCAAUGCAUCUAAUGCAGACUAAAAACGACAAUAAUCAAGGCAUGGCAAAUUCAUCUGAAGGCACCGGAACGAAAGGGGUACUUUGUGAAAAUUGAAUGUGAAUUUCAAUUAAAAACAAGCAUAUGAAAAAUAAAAAUUUACAUAUUUCCAAUGACAAAAUUCGAUAAUUUUUUUUACAUUGAACAGCGUUCACUCCUGUAAUCAAAACAACUUAAUGUUUUGACAUGUAAUGACCCGUCGUCAUAUGUAUGACCCCUCGUAUCGGCUUCUGUCUUCCCUGAUACAAAUAUGAAAAUCCUAUCCAAAUUUAUACCCGAUCCUUUUUGUAUCAUUCAUUUCUAAGUCCGGGGCAGUAUAGGUUGUAAUAAAUAAUAAAGAUUUUUUGUUUUAUAUAUUACCGUUCUGAUUCAAUUACUUUCAUUGUGCGUUUGUUUUUUACUACAUAUGCAUAUAUUCUUACUACUACUACAUUCUACUCAACAUUGAACUUGGUAAAUAUUGAUUUUUUUAUUGUUGGUGUCUGCCCUUGCUAUUUAAAACUUAAUGUCUGUGUUUUAUUUAAAGCACCGCAAAGAGACAUAUAUUCGCGCUGUGGCGAAGAAGCUCAAAUUAUAUUGACCAAUCUAAAGGGAAAGACUAUAUUUGAUAAAACCAGAAUGUUUUCCUUUGAGUAUAGCCCACUAAAUUCUCUACACCCCAGCCAAAACUGAUAGGCCAACUCACUGUUGUGAGAAAUAUUGAACCAUGGUGUGCUCUAUUUUGUGAUUAUGACAUAUUCGACCACGUGGAUAUAUUUGAGAAAUUAAUGUAAUGUACUUUACUGAGAAUUUUAUUAAAUCGGUGACUAUAAUUUACCACUCGAAGAAUAUGAGUAAUGUCUU